UUCUCCUUCCAGGAGGGCGGCUGGGGAGCGUCACUCGCUGGCAGACUGGUCAGAAAAUGUGAUGUUGUAAACCGUGGGUUCUCAGGAUACAACACCAGAUGGGCUAAACUCAUCCUUCCAAGGCUGAUCGGUAAAAGUGCUGCUGCUGAGAGUACUGUUGCUGUUACUAUUUUCUUUGGAGCUAAUGACAGUGCUUUGAAAGAUGUGAACCCUAAGCAGCAUGUUCCUUUGGAAGAAUACGCCGCCAACCUGACAAGCAUGGUGCACUACCUGAAGUCCAUAGACAUCACUGAGGACAGGAUUAUUUUGAUAACGCCGCCCCCUCUUCAGGAAUCAGCUUGGGAAAAGGAAUGCCUUGCCAAAGGUGACAAGCUGAAUCGCCGCAAUGCCACCACUGGGGAAUAUGCACAGGCCUGCGUUCGAGUGGCGAGGGACUGUGGGACUGAUGUGCUCGACCUGUGGACACUGAUGCAGAAAGAUCAGGAUUUUUCGUGCUAUUUGUCUGAUGGGCUUCAUUUAUCAAUGGAAGGAAAUAACUUUCUAGUGGGACAACUCUGGUCACACCUGGAAAAAAGACUCUCAGCUCUCCCUUCAUUGCUUCCUUACUGGCGGGACGUGGACCCCCAGAACCCUGAGGCGAGCCUGCUGUGAGGUGCCCUGCAGCAGUGAAGCCCAGCCUGCCUGAGGGAGUGAGUGCGUAUACAGCUGCGUUGUACCUCUGCACCCCUGAUGAUGGCGAUGAAGAUUGAAGUGGACUGUGCUCUGUAACCAUUUUUUCUAAUAAAGAUUGGCCAAGGGGCGGAAACGGCA